AGAAUAAUGCACAUUUCUUGCUCAGGGUGUAGCUCAAUUGUUUAGGCUCCAGGAGUGGAAUAUAAUUCUAGUUGAUUGUGACAAAACGAUGUGUGUGUUGUGUGUAUAAUUAGUCGCCUUGGUGGUUGGGCAGCCAGUCUCUCUUGUGUGGCCCACACUACGCGUGCGCAGGUGAUGGUCACAGUAGUAAACAGAGUGUGAAGAACAGUGUUUUGUCAAACAGGCUGUGAGUGACGCCUUCGAGAGCCCCGUCUAGUCCUGCUGUGGGAGAUGUAUCAGAAAGACAUGCUGCUGAUUGGGUUCCUCCUCUCAGGCUUCCAGGAAACCCAAGCCAUCAUGUAUCAGCAGGCGGAGGUGGAGAGCGGGGCGCUGCAGUGCCUGGUGGAGUCUGUGCCCUUGCCGCCAAGACUUACCAUGUCACCGCGCACCUUUUGUGCCCUCCAGUGCUCCAGUCAGCUCUUCUGCAACGCCUUCUGUUAUACAGAGAGCAACUGUUCCCUUCUGGAGCUGACGGUGGCGUCUGGGUGGACACCGCCCCUGCUCGACUCCUCCAGCUGGUGCUUCACGCACUAUGUAGUCCCUGCAGGCCCCUCCACUACGGACCUGGCACGAUACAAGACCGUCUACUCCCUCAACACCAUCCUCUCCAACUACGCUCUCGGCCAGACUGCGGUGAGUGGAGCGAGAUGCGAGGUGUCUGCGACGGACUGCUUCUGCUCCACAUACCAAGUGAUUCCCUUCUGGACGGUCGACCUGGGCAAGUCUCAGGCUGUGGCCGCCGUCGUCGUCACCGUCUCCAAGUUCUCCUACACGUCCUUUACAGAUAUUGACGUCCGGGUGGGUUAUACUGGAACCCCGAUUGACACGCUGCUCACCACCUACAAUGCGACGCCAGGUCCUGGUCAGAUAAUUAGGCUACAAGGAUCUCUCGCCCUCACUGGCCGCAUCGUCUCCCUCUUCAGGCAAGGUCUCUUCCAGCGCAGUCUCUGCCUCUGCCUCGUGGAGGUAUACUCUGUAUAGGACUAGGAGGAUGGACAGGCACAGGUGAAGGGAAGUUUAGACAUGGAAUGUACAGUGAGAAUUAUGAAAGCAGGCAGACUGUCCCCCUUACUGACACCAUGUGUACACAAAGCAGUACACAAAUGUACAUCUUAGUUUGUGAUUCCUGGUUCGUGUAGGCUUACAUGAGCGGCUCCUCGGACAACUAUGCUUUAAGCAUUGACUGGGAUACAUUAUUUGUGUUUUUUCUUGAAUAGUUGUGUAUCAGAUACCGUAGCAUUGUAGUAGUAUGUAGGUAUGUUGGUGUGUGUGUGCACGGUGGCCACUCCAGUAACGUUAGAAAAGCACGUUAUUAGAAUAAUGGCUCAUGAAAAGUAUACCUACACCACAGGACGCUUCAAUGUGCACGAUAGAUGUAAUUGUUAAUAUAAUAAUCUCCGUUGAGGUCUGUUAAAAACCUUUUGCGUCCUCUGUAAUCCCUUUUGCGCUACCGCUCACAGGAUGAGUUCAAGUAUGUUUAUUGAGAUAAGAAAGAAAUACAUCUCAAAGGGAUAGAGUAGCUUAGGCUAUUUCUACCCCCCCCUUCCUUAGGAUGAGUAUUGGGUGCACAGUAAACUAGGCGCCUCUGGCGGCAACAAUCAAUAAAAUAAUAACCCACCAUUUUUAAAACACGAGAAAACGUAGACUAUAUUUCGAUCCUUACCGGGAUCUAAAUAUAUACAGUUUACGUUUCCUCGUGUUUUCAAAAUAGUGAGUUAUUAUAUUCAUUGAUUAGUGCGCUAUUAGACUUCGUUCUCAAAGAAUGUCGUGAUCAUUGACACUGAGCAAGACUUGGUAGCCUCUUGUCAUCAUCAUGUGGGACUGUCAUGAGAUACAAAUUCCGUAGUCCACUUUAUCUACAUAUUAUCUGUGUGAUUAUUUUAUGUGCAUAUUUACUGUUUAAAUUGCGUGCACCUGACUAAGCACUAGAAUGGAUUAGCAAGUGUUACGUACGUAUGUUCACUUUAACUGUAUCAUUUUAAUGAAUUUGUGUUAAAUGUUAAUAAAGUAAGAAAAAGGA